AUGAGUUACCCCUCCGACCUACGGACGAUCUCGCUGAAGCUGGGCCCCGCUGCCAAGCAGGCUGCCUCGAACAGAUCACUGACGCUUCCAGCCUUUCCCAGCUCCUUCAUUGCACCACACGGAGAAAUGAAAACUCAUUGCUGUGAAAUGGAUGACCUUGAGAGAUCGGGUUCUGGAAGCUGCUGUGGAGACGCUCCUUUCCAAGGCGCCUGCUCCCAUCCAGUAACGUAA